UCCCUCCCCUUCUCUCUCUUUUCACAGCAUUUCCUCCAGCAAGAGGCGGGGAAGACGCUUGCGCUUCUGCUAGCGACUCAUGCAUAUGACGAUUGCAAAGACCUCAAGGAGGAAUCAUCACUCACAUACUUUUUAGCAGCAAACACAAGACAACAAGCGAGCCGAGGUGAAAAAAAACAUGAAAUUAUAUUUUCAAAGCACCAUUAUUACAAAGACUUUAAAGAGAAAAUAAAGUGAGAAGAAAGAAAGGUUUUUAAUCAAUGGCCUCAGGCUCGUGUCUUUGAAAACGCCCAAAAAGACAGUCCAAAAUGAGCAUUCCAACUAGUUUAACGGGACUUGGUGUUAAUGUUGACAGAGCAGUGGACAAAGUCACAAACAAAGCUCGGAUUCAGUUCUCCCACACUGGGGAUGACAACGACAAUCGAUUGCCUUGUUUAAGCGAUGACAGAGGACAGUUAGAGGACACAGGGUACAAUAUGACCCCACUCCCACCUUUGGUAUCUCAAAGUGAGUCCCAUGACAAGAUGAUGUUCUGGGGUUCUGAGCAGCAAUGCUCCCAUUCUGGGCUCGGAGAGAUAAAGCUUGUGGAAUGUCAGGAUAUACACAGGUUUCUGAGAAGUCCAGUGGAGGACGACGACAACGACGAAGAUGAGGGGGGGAGCACAAAAGACGGCAAAGACGAGGGGCCAAUGUCAAUAUCCUCCAGUUCGACUGCCAGUUCUGCUUCCAUUGGGGUGAAAAGGAACGACAACGACAGCAACAAAGUGGAGAGCGGAGCGCAGCGAGACAAAGAGGUGAAGGGAAAGAUUACCUGUAGUACAGGAGAACUGGACACUCGUGUGAGAGGUAUAAACGAUGAAAUAAACACCAAGCCAGGUGGAGGAGGGCUCAAGCAGUCCAAGUCUGAGACAAAUGUGUGUGUGUCAAAUCUAUCUACCCUUAAACUCAGUGGAAGUCUGUCCAGCGCCCUGGAUUCUCGUGGAGACGCUUUAAUUUGUCUGCCCAACUCCAAGACCAACCCCUAUUUGAAUGCCAACGACGCUACCUCAGCCCAGAGUUUGAGAAGGGCAGCUCCUUCAGACCACAAUUCUCCAGCGUUGUAUCAUCAAAAAAGACACAAGGAAGAGAGAAUCCAGUUCAGAAAUGGAUCUUCUGAAGGAGGUCAGGGCCACAGAAGGAGGACCAGUUUUGACGAAAGGGUGCUACCACCGAAGCGGCAACAGCUUGUUCGACCUCUCUGUCAGACAGAGAUGGGAAGAAUCUCAAGCUUAGAGUCUGGUGCACAGGAUGCUGAAAUUGGACAAUUUCCCUCUAGCAAUACUGCCACAGUUUUACCCAGUCACACUGACAACGGGUCAAAUAGAAAACUUGCGAGAUCAUCUCUACGUGAACCCUCAGAUUUUUCACAUCUGUACAAUGCAUGUGAAGUCUCACAACCCAAACAACCCAACCGGGCAGUGCAGAUGGAGGCAUCGCCGGUGGAGAGGCCGCCAGGGUCCGCUGCAGAGUCUACUUCAAAUCCCUGCAAGCCAUACAUUAUGGAGAAGCGACCCCAGACUCAGUUCACCUACAGGCGUAACUGCUCUAGUCCCAAAAGGACAUUCACACCUCCCCAAUCCCCUCUCAGGACACCCCAGGGCUCACCACAUAGCCAAGCCUCAAUGUAUCUCAUAUCUAAGGAUACACAAAGAGGAGUUCAAAGCAGCCCUACUAUAAAGACACCAGCUCAGGACAAUGAAAGUGUUUCAGUGAGAGCACCAGUUAUAACCAACAUAACCCCAACUGGAAUCCCCAAAGCGCCUCUUAACAACCAGCACAGAAACUUUAACUCAAGCCAUAACUCAAGCCCCAAAGAGAGGUCUCCUUCACUUAAACCUAAAGGAGUUCGUCCCAAAAUCAUUACCUACAUCCGAAAAAAUCCUCAGUUCAAGCCUCCUGCUGCUGACGGACAUUAUCAGGUAUCUUCUCUACCAACAAGGUUAUCAGCAUAUCCACAUGGGGCCACACUUGGUUCCUUCAAAGACACACCUACAGACCUCUUUAAGCUUGACAAAGAAACCAGAGGGGUACCAGUGCUCAGUGCCUCCAAUUUGCUUCAUGACAAGUACCGCAAGGAGAUGCAAACCAAUAUAUUCCCGUCAGGAUUAAUAAAUAGGAGUAUCCAUGCCCCUGGUCAUACAAACACUGUUACACAUACACACCCCCACAGCUAUACAGCACCCCCAAAGCUUGGCAGCAAAGCAGGGGACUUCUAUGGAGCUCAGCCCAAGGUCGAGAGAUCUAACAGUUUUAAAGAGACUUCUGCAGAGGACCCACUGCAGAUCCGGACAGCUGCUCAGGCUGGAGGCAGUGGCAGUCUCUUGCGCUCUGGCCGUGGUAUGCGUUUAGGUCUGGGAGCGGUCACAAGGACAGCUUCAGGCUCAGUCAAAGGCAAAGAACCUGGCCAAAGUCAGAGGUCGGGAAUCAGCCAACCAAUCCAACUGGUCAUCCCAGCAGCUAGCCAGAAAUGCCAAGAUACCGCAGCUGAAGAUGAGGUAUUCACCUAUCAUCCACCUGCCCCUGAAGCACAGGCAUCAACGCAGGAGCAGGCUGCGACUUCCAGCAGGUCUCUGCUUCCUAAAGCAGCAAACCAGUCAGGCCUACGUCCGCCUGGCUUCAGCUCCACCCGUCUGCCCGUGGGCCGCCUGGCAACGUUUGGCUUUGUCAGGAGUUCUAGUGUGUCCUCCGUCUCCUCCAUUCGCUCUGCUGACAGUGCACGGAGCGACCCAGGCAGGACGGUUCACUGUCUUAGUGUGAGCGAGGAGCCACCUCUGCACAGAGUGACCGGCGGCCCUCCGUCAACAGACCACCAGAGAAGUGUGCCGUGUCGCAGCAACAGCCUUCAGCCGCCGUCCACCCCAGCGCUGCCACGCCGAUACCUGCCCGCCCAGCCAAGAAGCUCUCCUGGAGUUGGAAGGAAGGAGUUUCAGCGGAGUUCUGAAGUCACGCGCUCACUUCCGUCCUCCCCGAAAAGGCUGGCAGUGGUUCCUCCCAAACCUCAGUCCCCAGUUCAAUCAGGGCAAAGACCAACAGGAGGGCCGACUACUCGGUCAGCAGGCCCCACUGGUUCCCCUAGCCGCGUGCCCCCCUUGAAGCUGCAGCAAGAGAAGGACACAUCCCAGCAGGCAGAUGAAGCGAGGAAAGCAGAGGAGAGGGAAAAGGAGGAACAACAGGAGGAGGUGGCGAGGCUACGAGGACGCUGUGAGGCGCAGGAGAGGCAGUUGAGAGCCCUCAAAGAAGAACUGAGAAAGACCUCUUUGGGUCUAGAAGUCUUCAUUGUCACUACUCAACAUUAUUGCCUGAAGAAUCAAAAUGCAGAAGAUAGUGAAACUAAAUUGUUUUUGGAAAUACAAACGAUAAAAGAACAACUAGUGUCCAACUCCAAACACUGGGAGAGACUCAAGGUGGAAAAGUCUGAGGUGGAAGCGGCAUUCGAGCAAGAGAUGCAAGAGCUGCAGAAGAAGCAGGACACUGAGAUGGCCACCUUGGAGGAGAGCCUCCAGAAGUGUCACUCGGUGGAGACAGAAAACCUGAAGGCUGAGCAUCAGUCGGAAAUGGAGGAGCUGAGGACCCAGCAGCAAGAGCAGGUGGAGGAGAUGACAGCCCACCACCAGGCAGCUAUUCAGGAGCUCAGAGACAUGCAUAAUAUAACCAUGGCAACGCUGCAUGAGGAGCACGCCCGAACCAUGAGAGACUUAAGGAAAGCUCACGAACAACAGAAGAUUCUCCUUGAGGAGGAUUUUGAGAAACUAAGGCUAUCUCUACAGGACCAAGUGGACACACUCACAUUUCAAAACCACAGUUUGCGGGACAAAGCCAAGCGCUUUGAAGACGCUUUGAGGAAGAGUACGGACGAACAGAUAGUUGAUGCCUUAGCUCCAUACCAGCACAUUGACAAGGAUCUAAAGAGCUUAAAGGAAGUUGUGGAAAUGAAAAACCAGCAAAUACACCAGCAAGAUCUAAAGAUCUCCGACCUCGAGAUAGUGCAGGCUAAAAAGAAUGUAUACCUGGAGGAGAAGGUCCAGGUCCUGCAGCAGCAAAAUGAAGAUCUGAAGGCUCGUAUCCAAAUGAACCUCACAUUAUCAAGGAAAUUGUCAGAAGAGAACGCCAACCUCCAAGAAUCCGUCGAAAAAGAAAGCACAGAGAAAAAGCGACUCAGUCGGAACAACGAGGAGCUGCUGUGGCGUCUCCAGACCAGCCCCGUGAUGUCUCCCUCGUCCUCCCCCCUGCACUGCUCCUUCUCCACCUCCCCUAUCCCGUCAUCCCCGUUAUUCUCGUCCUCCCCUGUUCCUCCUGUGGGAUGCCACUCCCCCACCCACUGCCAGGGCUGCCCCCUGCAGUCGCAGUCGGCGUCCCCAUUCCAUACAGCCAAUCACAAUUAUUCCCCUGGCCCGGCCACACCCACCCACAGAGCAGAAACUAAUCAUAAUUACUCCCCUGGACCGGCGACACCCAAUCACAGGGUAGCAGCUACUAAUCAGAAUUGCUCCCCUGGUCCAUGCACACCCACUCAUAGGGCAACAGCCAAUCGCAAUUCGGCAGCUUUUCUCACUUUGCAGAGAUAAAAACAUAAAACCUCUUUCUACGUUUUUUUUAUUUUAAUUGUUAUAUACUUUGAUGACUUCUCAUCCCUUACUGAAUGUGAAUGACAUGUCAUAAAGUCAUAUUAAAUAUACACAGUAUAAUGUAAUUUAGUGACACAAGUAUUGUGAGCAUGAAGUCACUUACAGAGACAGAAAGCACGAGAAUAAAAUCCUUGCUUUUGUGUUCAGAAGACUCAACCGACCACGUUACCUACGCUCCCACUGGGAUUAGUUUGUAAACUGGGUUUUAUAAAAGAUACAUCCCCCCCCCGAACAAAGCGCCUCACUUCUGUCAUCUCACCAAAAGAGGUACACCCAUUUUUAUGAGGGAUUUGUCAUUUUUAAUUUGGUUAUAAUCUACAAUUUAAAAAAAAAAUACUAAACAAAACACUGAGGGGAAACCUACAACAGCUGUUUACUAUGUGAUUGCAUUUACUUAACUUAUUUGUUUUGCUACUGAAGCAUGCAUGCACUGUGAAUGUCUUCCAGUCCUAUUAUCGCUGUGGGUUGUUUCUUUAUUCAGCUCUUUAUGAUGGAAAUAGACGGUAGAGAGGACAGUCUUGUGAUAUAAGGGCCUAUAAGCUAUUUACAGUAACUCACAAAAGUGAUUACACUCUUCACAUUUCAAAGGACAAUUCUAAAAAAAUCAAACUUGGAUGUAACUUAAAGAAGUUAGUUUGAUGGCACUAUCCCCACGGAUAGUGCCAUCAAACUUCUUUCUCAUGAAGUUAUUAUUGCAAAUAUGCAGAGGAGCAAAUUUGGUGCAAUCUAAUCUAUUGGGAUACUCUAAAGCAGUGGUCCCCAACCUUUUUAGUUGCGGACCGGUCAACGCUUGAUAAUUUGCCCCCGUUCACCCCCACGAACCCCAACCCGGCGGAGGAAUUUUUUAUUUUAUUUUUGUCAUGAAAAAGGGAGGAUUUUUGGGUUGGUGCACUAAUUGUAAGUGUAUCUUGUGUUUUUUAUGAUGAUAUAAUUUAAAAAAAUAAUUUAAAAAAAAUUAAUAAAAAAUGAUUCUGCCGCCCGGUACCAAUCGGCCCGUUGGUUGGGGACCACUGCUCUAAAGUAGUGCCAAAUCCGGCCUGGGAACGACACCAAACCGAAGUUCAGUUUAAUACUUGGGAGAUAAUAAUUUCCGCAGCAAAUCCCUACAAAUCCUAGAGUGCUCCUGUUUUAUUGAAAAACUUGGACCACCGUAAACACAUUGGAGCAUUGUACAUUGACAUCUCGACCUCGUUAGCGAACCUAGAACCCUGCGGUCCAAACUUGUGAUUUACAUAACUGAGGUGUUCCUCACAGCACUAAAUUUUUGUCCUUUUUGGCGGUUACAAUUUUUUUAUGUGAUAUAUGUAACUGAAGUGUAGCUUGUUUACUUCAGAUUUUGUCAGUAGUCAUUUGUCCAACUUUUUUAGUUUUACAAGUAGUGUUACAAGUAGUGUUCCUCAGGGUUCCAGUCUAGGUCCUCUCUUUUUCAUCAUUUGGGUUAUUAUACUGUAUGUGGCCCCAUAAACUAUUUAGUAGAAUAUCCCUGCUUUACGUAGAGUUAGGAGCAUGGGCCUCAAACUCACGGAACGCAGUCCAAUAUUUUGUGGCGCUCUACUUAACUUAAUAGGUUAUUGAAUUUGUGGCCCAUGUUAAAUAUAUUUUAUCAAUAAUGGUGCAGACACAAAAAUUACAGCAAAACAAAAACAAAGAGCAACUUCUUGGAUUCGCUUUGAACUGAACUCUCGCGGCGGUGUUGGAGCCACUAUGGAUUGAACUUUCACAGUAUCAUGUUAGACCCGCUCAACAUCCAUUGCUUCCUGUCCCCUAGAAGGGGGGGGGGGGGUUGCCCACAUUUGAGGUCCUCUCCAAGGUUCUCAUAGUCAUCAUUGUCACUGGCGUUCCACUGGGUGUGAGUUCUCCUUGCCCACAGGGUAUGAGUUUUCCUUUCCCUUAUGUGGGUUCUUCCGAGGAUGUCGUAGUCGUAGUGGUUUGUACAUUCCUUUGAGACAUUCGUGAUUUAGGGCUAUAUAAAUAAACAUUGAUUGAUUGAUAAUUGAUUCUAGUAAGAAAGCGGAAGUGUCUCUCAUCAUCUCCUGGGGAACUCAACAGUGCCAACAUAUGGCAUUUUUACAUUACAUUUUAAAUUUGUACUAACUUAAGGCCUACAAUACAAUAGAUCAGGGUCACGAUAGCUGCCGGUAGAAGUAGUUAACACAUUUAGUCACGUGGUUAAAACGAGAUUCUGAAGUGAUUACUUUGUGCGGCUCAACCUCACCCAGACUCUACCUCCAGCAGCCCGCAGUUUAAAUUUAGUUUUAGACCCCUGGUCUAGAGUAUAUCCAAGUUUAAUUUCUAUAUUAUUGUGUCUUGAGAAGCCAUACUGUAUAAAGAUGCCUGCUGAAAUGUGAAGGAUCCACUCACUAUUGGGAGAUACAGUAACUUAAAAAAGGGGUAACAAUUGUUAACCUUUACCUCUUAAUAAAAUAUACAGCAUUUUAAAAUCGUUCUAAAAUAACACUUUAAUUAAAAUGUUUUUCUUAUUGAUAUGUUGUUUGUUUGUGCGAUUAAAACUAUUCCAUAUUACAUUCAGGGAAUUACUUUUUAAAAUGUAACAAUAUUUUAUUUGCAGAACUCACUUAGUUUUAGUCUACUAUAUAAAAAGCAAUAGAUUAGAAACAAACAAAAUAUUGUAAUGUACUCACACUUCGGCCUCAGGGUCCGCAUGAAGCAGCUUUGACCCAAGACAUCCUGAUUUUCAGUCGGUUUACGUGAAGGGUGUCCUGAUAAAGAAUGUAAUUGCAUGAAAACAAGCAAAUGUAAAUAAAUAUUGUCAGACGAAAGGUUAUGUUGUACAGUUAUGUUGUACAGUUAGACACUAUCAGCGAGAGAGACAGAGGAAAGAGGCAAUAUACUGUGGGGGUUCUGUUACAGCAUUUAGCAACACAAUAUUAUUUCCAAGUUGCGCUUUUUUUCCUCAGAAACUUUCGAGUUGAUGCUAAUAACCAGCACUUUUGAUGAAGGCUAUGAUAAGCAAAUUACAUGGAACUACAAGGUUUUUCUUUAUUCUAUUUCUACGGUUGGUAGACAGGGUUAAACGGUCUUAAACAAAAAUAAUGUCCAGUACAACACAGCAUUUGCAAGUUUGAAGCAAGUUUGAAACAAGUUUCUAUGAUUGUUUUUGAUGAUUUUCAGAAUGUAAAUUGUAAAAAUAAAAAAGAAAAGAAAAAAACUGCCAGUCACUCUGCCAGUCACUCAGUCACUGUGUUUUCAAAUGUUUAGACUUCCACUUCAGGGUCACUUCAGGUGUACACAAACACAGUUUACAAUAUUGCAACAUGAUAAAUAACAGUAUACAGUUACAUUAAUGAAAAUAACACCAAUGCCACACAAAAAUGUGUCCUGUGGACAUCUGUGUCUCGCUCUGCGCUGAAUGUGAAAAAUGUACUGACUGUAUUUUAUAUCAUUGAUGUGAUUUGAUGAAAAAUAAGAGACCUCUUGUAUUGUAGCAAGCAGUCAUUUAAUAUGUCCAUAUGUAGCAUUCAGUCCCUACAAAACCACAGGAUAGACAUUGCAAAUAAUGGUGUUACAGCUCCCUUUUUUAAAUUGAAUCUUGUGACACAAGUAACCCCGUUUGGAUUUGGUCCAGAGGGAAUGAAUGUGUUUGUCUUGGCACUGAUUGUACUGUAUGUCUGAAUGUAAAUACAUUUACACAAGUUGUGUCUUAUAGUGCACCGACAAAGUAAUAGAAGCAUGUUUUGUCUUUGCUGUCUCUCAAAUUGCAUUGUGAUGGUUAAACAUGUAGUUGGUAAAGUGUGGCAGGCCAACAAGUUUAAGAAAGAUAAAUGACAGGUGUCAGUAAGUUGACAUUUGAUGACAAAUGUAUUCAUCUAGGAAUUGGUGCUGCCCCUCUUGUGUUAGGCUAUAGAGUAGAUUUUCAUCCCAAGUAAUAAAGCCUACUUGAGUAUCAUGUCUGUCUGUGUCUUUUUAU